AUGGCGAACGCUCACAAAGUUCGUAUCGUUGCUCGCCUCAGGCCAAGGAUUGAUGGCGAGGUCGAUGAUGGAGCCAUACAAGUUUGCCACCCGUCGGACAACACCUCGAGCUCUUUUUCCUCCGCGAGCGGUGCUGGAGCUAGCUACAUUAGCGUACCCAACCCAAGAGAUCCAACCGAAUUAUUCAAGUAUCCUUUUAGCAGUUGCUACGACCAGACAUCCACACAGGAGGAACUUUUCGAAAACGACGUCUCGCCAUUGAUGAAUGUUGUCUACGAGGGAGUGACGGUCACAAUUUUCGCCUAUGGUGUGACCUCUUCCGGUAAGACGCAUACCAUGCAGGGGACAAAGGGUCAGCCAGGAGUCAUCCCAAGAGCGGUUGCGAGUUUAUUUAACAAACGGAGCGAAUAUCCCCAGUUUCAAACCUCAUUGACCGUGUCGUAUAUGGAGAUAUAUAAAGAUGAGGUAUACGACCUCCUAGUCGAGAGGGAUAACGCUCCUAAACUUCCUGUUCGCGAAAAUCACGAAGGAAUGGUUUUCGUAGCUAACCUUAGCUCAAUAUCCAUUUCAAACGCAGACGAAUUCGAUGCAAUUUAUGGCCAAGCCACCAAAAACCGUUCCGUUGGGGCCACCAACUUGAAUCGCGCCUCUUCAAGGUCCCAUGCAGUUCUAACAAUCGAAAUCACCAUGCUGGAUGCCAUCAACAAUAAAACUCGAAUUGGUAAGCUGAAUUUGGUCGACCUCGCGGGCUCGGAGAACAAUAAGAUAACGGGCAAUGAUCAAAUUCGGAUGCAAGAGUCUUCUGCUAUAAAUAAGAGCUUAAGCGUUCUCGGGAAAGUGGUACAUGCCUUAAACAUUGGACAGUCUCGAAUACCUUACCGAGAAUCGAAGCUUACUCGAAUACUACAAGAUGCCCUAGGGGGGAAAUCUGUUGGAUUAUUAAUCUGCAACCUUGCUCCUGGGGUGAAAUUCCGAACGGAUACCGUCAAUACGCUCAAAUUCGCUACACAAACGAAGAAGAUAGAAAACAAGCCUGUCGUUAAUGAACAAGAUAAUCGUCCAGCGGUUAAACCCCACUUCGCCGCUCUCAACGUAAUUUUACGACCCCCACAGCAACCUGCUAAAGCGUUGAUUGUGCCAUCCGAACCUACCCAAAGUUUCGCACCACAUCCCCAACCACAAAUGCUCGUAAACCUUCCCAGACGUGGACGGCCAUCACUGGUUCCCCGCCCGCGUGUUUCCAGGGUUUCCUCUGCAUUCCAGCCUAUGACUGCUCCGUUAAUGCAGAUUCCAGAGGGUAUCGUAACUUCGCAUUCGAUGAACGGAGGAUCUUCAUUCCAGGGCAUGACGGAAGCAGAAAUCAAUGAACGGAUCUCAAAGGCGGUCGAAGCAGAGGUAGCGCGUAGACUGGAAGAACGCGAACGAGCCAGAGCUAAAGAAGAGGAGGAAAGAGUGGCCGAACGCUCAGCGUCUAACACUUUGCCAGAGGUAUCUGGUGCUGAUACUCCCUCGAGGAGGCGAUCAACUCGAAGCAAGUCUCGAUCACCGAGGAAGGAGGAUGCGCAACCGCUCCCUCCAGGUCUCUUGACGCCCUUACUGAAACGACACAAGGACAUGGACAACGAGCUGCAAUCCCGAUUACAAGAACUUGAGAGGAAAUAUGAGCAUGGUGAUAAGGAAGCAAAGUUGGUGGCUGCGUUAUCCCCCGUCUCGAGGAAGAAGACCGGGAGAGCCUGGGUUGCUCUGGCUCGCGCUCAAUCAGAGAAGGGUGAUCUUCAAGUGGCGUUGGAUCUUUACCGAAAAGCGGAAACCUAUGUACCGGGUAAUGUCAAGCUGAAAGAGAGAAUCAUCGAGAUAGAAUGGGCUGUGAAGAACGAGAGACCGUUCGUACCUUCACCGAAGCGACCAAAGAAAACCAAAGCAGAGAGAAGGAAAGAAAAGAAGUGUAGGGAAAAGGAACGCGAAGUUGAAGAGAAGGAGAAUCCCCUUUCUGACGAUCAAAUGGAUGUUGACGAGAUUGCCGCGACCCUUUCUGGAACAUUCGGCGCAGAGAUCACGAAUGCGGUAGGCGACGGGACGCCUGAGGAGAAUAUUAAUCAGUCUAGGAGUUCUUCACCCGCCAAACGACGACGUUCGGAACAGGAUAGUGAUCUCGAGCACGCUACCCCGGCUAAGCGCGCGAAGACCAAGGUCGUUGUGUACGGUAGCGAUGACGAGGAACCUCUGGCCGCCCCGGUUAGGAAGGGGAAGAGGAAACUGUUGGCUUGA